AUGGUCGCUGCUGACGAGAAUUGUUUGCAGACGACGUUUGCAGUCCCACUUCACUGCGAGGAUUGUGUAAAGGAUGUUUCCGGCGCCUUGGGCAAACUUGACGGCAUUGACAAAAUCGAGGCUAAUCUCAAGGACCAACUUUUUUAUAUUGAAGGUACAGCCGCUCCGUCAUCUAUCGUCUCAGCCAUCGAAUCUACGGGACGAGAUGCGAUCUUGCGUGGAAGUGGAAAGUCCAAUUCAGCCGGGGUCUGCAUCCUAGAGACUCAUGCAAAAGCCGUGUCAGAUCCGGUCCGCGGAUUGGCACGCUUGGUACAAAUUUCUGAUGAGCACACACUGGUCGACUUGACAUUACGAGGGGUAUCAGCAGGGACAUAUCAUGCUACUGUACGGGAGACGGGAGACAUCUCACGCGGGGCGGGAUCAACAGGCGGGGUGUGGGAAGCAGUCAAGGCGUUGGCAGGGCUCAAUCAGCCUCGUGGAGUGUUUGGCACGAUCCAAGUUGGUAAGGACGGGCGUGGCAGUACAUUUUUGGAGCAGCCUGUAUCAGUUUGGGAAAUUGUUGGUCGCAGCAUGGUGGUGUCGAAACAACAAGAGUCGCCGUUUCAGCCUGAGGAUCCCGACACCCUGGUAGGCGUGAUCGCCCGAAGUGCAGGUGUCUGGGACAAUGACAAGACCGUGUGCAGUUGUUCGGGGAAGACAGUGUGGGAAGAACGCAAGGAGCAGACGGGGAAAGGCAUGUUGUGA